GUCUGCCAUCCACAGUCGUCUGGCAGCGGCGUAACGGUGAGGUGGCUUCGCUAAGUGCUCCACUCUCGUUCUCUUUAGUGCGUUGCGAAUGGUGUGUCGGUGAUUUGUAUGGUAUCGGCUAUAUUUGCACCAUAAACUGGGCCUCGUGAUAACACCGAUUGCACCCAUCACUUAAUCUCGAAGACAGGCGCGAUGAUGCGGGUCUGGCCGUUGGUGCUGGAGAGCGUGAUAAUGGUGCUCCUGUGGGGGGGCAUCGUGACCAUGGCAAUGAUGAUGGCACUGGCGUUCGCCUUCUCCCACUUCAUGUACCCGCUCGCCUUCACCGUCGGGCUCGGCCUCCUGCACUUCAUCCUCAACGUGUGGCUCGUCUCGCUAUUGCGCGGGAGUGUGAACCGCUGCCUACUCGCAUUCCUGGCUCUCACGCAGACGACGCCACUCUUCUUGCUUUGUCGUAGGGCGUGGCGAUCCUUCGUGGCCGGGUGCGAGAAGAACCAGGUAGCAAAGAAACGCAAGGCGCUGAGGGCCAAGUACGCCCUUUGCAAUGGAACAAGUUCUUCGUCGAUCCAACUGCCCGAAAUCACGGAGCAGCACACCUACAGCAGCUGCGUACCUCCGCAGUCAGAAUCAGCCGCGCCUCCUGUCAGCAUCACUGACGACGGAACUCAAGCACCGGACGCAGUGGAGACUGGUAACCACCUGGUGCCCCUGAAGGUGACUCCUACCAAGUUCCUGCCAAACACCAAGACCAUCAAACUCUCCUUUGACGGACAGGAAGAGAUCUACGCCGGAGAACCCAAACUUUACAAGUUCGUCGCGAGGAACAUCCAGUCACUCUACGCCGAAGAGAAGAGGCUGUCGUAUCACAUCAUCGUCGACGCAUCGCAAGCAGUCGUUCAUGUCUCCAGGUCAGGCGUUUGUGCUGAAGAACUUCCAGACCGCACUGUGAAGAAGGACCCUCUUACACUGUGCAAUGAUACCCAUUAUAUAGUAAACUUUGUGAAAGGGCUCGGCUAUCAAACCAUUGGGGUCACGAAGAGAGCCAAGGAUGAAGUGCAGAGCUUCACAGACGGGGACCUGAGCAAACUCGUCUGGCUGCUGGUGUGGCCCUGCACCGUCCUCAUGAUCUUCUCGGCUAUAGAUUACAGGGAUCAUUAUAGAAGAGGAGAACUUUGCAUUGCUGUAGUGAGUCCUGUGCUGGGCGUGAUCGUGUGGCUCGUGACGCAGCGAGGGCUCGACGACCCUUGGAGGAACACGCUGAUUCUCAUCCCGCUGCGGCUGUGCUUCACGGUGAGCAGAACCAUCGUCGUGUGCGCCAUCGGCACGACGUGGUUACGCAUCGCGGCCUUUGCCUACGUCUCCGCCAAGAUCGUCGGGCUCCUCAGCAUCGCAGCCCACAUCACGUACGCCAAACUGAGGAAAAACAUCGAGCUCUACAGCGACGCGAUGGAAAAGUACACCUAUAAUUCCAUGUACGAACCUGUCGUCCAGGUCGCGGAGAGUGUGGUGUACUGCUGCUGGGCGAUUUGGUGGCACACGUACUAUCUUGCUCCCGAGUACAUAAAGACUGGUAUCUUGCUGAUGGUCAUCAUUAGUCAGGUUGCUGGCCUAACCUGGCUGUGGUUCACGAGGGCCUUCCUGAAGGAGCCGCUGCAAGACCCAGUGCAGGUACUGCAGAUUGUAAAGGACAGGGAGUUUAGCAGAACGUGAUUGAAAUCGUUUUUUGAAAAGACCGUAACACUUGCCUGUUUCCUCUGUAUGCCAGUUUUGCUACAAGCCAAAGUGGUUUGUAUACUUCAUGAUAGGUCUGUGUGAUGACCAGUCUGCCUAUCGUUGAUUUCAAGACUGACGUGUUUCAUCCAUUAAAAUGUGAAUCUCUGUAAACUUCCAUCUGGUGCAUCGCCAUGCAGCAGACGCGGCGUUCUACUUUAUGGUCCUAGUAGCUAGAUUUUUCACCAGGUAUCAGGUCUGCAAGAAAAGCCAAUGAAGCAAUGAAUCUCACACAUCCUACUAAAUAAUGUUAAUUCUCAUAUCACUUUCCGUUUCUCCUUUGUCAGCUACGCUUAAUGGAUGUUAGCUAUAGCCGUGCUUUCAGUUAUGAACUUGGCAAUGGUCCUUUCCAUGGUCCAGCUUCCUUCAUGCCGAGGUUCAUAGGAAUCAAACCCAUACUCUUUACGAUUUGAGUUGCCAUUGUGAUUAUCAUGCAUAACAUAAGAAGAGAGCCGUUAUUCAUCACAUAGAGAGCCCGCAUGAAAGGCAGAAAGGCAGAAGAUGGACAGAGAGGAGGCGAGGAAAGACAGAUGAUGAGAGCGAGUAAAUGGGAGAGGGAGAGGUUGAGGAUUCAGCCUCAGACCUGGUUUCCAAUGUGAUAUUCUUUUUAUUGUUUUUGAAGUUUAUGAGAUUGUUUUAAAUAAAGUGCGAAACAAUU